AUGGCCCUGGCGCUGCCGGUGCCCGAGCCGCUGUGGCCGGCGAGCCUGUCCCCGCUGAAGGCGGUGGAUGACUUGUUGCGCUGUGGGAUAUGCUUCGAUUACUUCAGCAUUGCGAUGAUCAUCCCACAGUGUUCGCAUAACUAUUGUUCCCUUUGUAUACGCAAGUUUUUGUCCUACAAAACUCAGUGUCCAACAUGCUGUGUGGCAGUCUCGGAAUCUGACCUGAAAAAUAACCGGACAUUAGAUGAACUAGUAAAGAGCUUUAAUUCUGCAAGACAACAGCUGUUCCAGUUGGUCUUGGAUACUCCACUGAUUUCAUCUCCAUUGGCCUGUAGCAGGCAUUCAGCUGGCAAAAGCCACGUUAGGAGUCCUGCUUCUUGGCCAGUUUUAAAAGAAGAGGUGCCAGUGAUUGACAGUUUCUUGAGAGAGGAAAAAGUUUGCACCUCGACAAAUGCAGAUGGCCUGGCAGGAACAGAUCAGAAGAUUUUCAAAACUGAGGAACACCAUGAUGUUUACAGCAGUUCUGCAGAGGUUGAUGGUAAAGCCAAUGAAGUGGGAUCACGAGAGAGUUCUGAGUGCACCAAAAGUCAUGAAAAGCCUUCUACAUCUGUGGUAAAAGUAGUCAAGAAAGUGGAUUGUCCUGUUUGUGAGGUUGCUAUUCCAGAGCAAUAUAUAAACAAACAUCUGGAUAGCUGCUUGACAAGAGAAGAGAAGAAGGACAGCCUCAGAAGUUCUGCUCACAAAAGGAAGCCUAUGUCUAAAGUUGUUUACAACUUGCUCUCUGAUCGUGAUUUGAAGAAGAAACUAAAGGAACAUGGUCUGUCUACCCACGGGACUCGACAACAGCUCAUUAAAAGACACCAAGAAUUUGUGCACAUGUAUAAUGCUCAAUGUGAUUCUCUAAAUCCCAAAUCAGUUUUGUUCAGUGCUGUUACAUCUUUUUAUUUAACAGCUCCUGUUUUAGUGAACUCUUUCUUGUAUUUUCAAACAGUUGCAGAGGUUGUUAAAGAGCUGGAAAAGAACGAGAAGAUUCGGGUUCAGCUUGAAUUUAAUAAAACUGGUGAAAAUAGCUUGACCUUCACAAAGGACCAGACAGAGGAAGAAAUAGAUGAGAUCCACACUGAUUAUCGAAACAAACACAGAAGUGAAUUUCAAUUUUUGGUGGAUCAAGUAAAUAAUCGGUGGAAGAAAAGUGGUAAGAAGAAAACAGAAAGUGCUCAAAACAAAGAAGAAAUCAGUGUCAAAGAAUUGCCAGCGGCCACAGAACAUACAGAAGAGCAUCACACAGCUAUUGUCCUUGGAAAAGCCCAGAUACUCAAAACACAAACUCCUGAUGGCCAAAGAAGUGAAUCUCAUUCCUUGGAGGAAGUCCAGAGAUCCGUCUCUCCUGCAUUCUCACUGUCAUCUGGAUCAACAAGCAGCUCCAGUUCAGACAUUUUGAGAGAUCUGCAAGGGCUUGAGACAUGUUCAGCGUCCUCUGACAACAGCAGUUUUCUGGGUCUGAAAGUUAACAAAAGAAAGUCGCGUCGGCCCCAAAUGGCAGAAAACGAUCAACUGCUUCCCAAGACUAAGCGGAAGAAGAGCUAGCACUGCAGUGGUGUGAAGCUUAAAACCGUGCAGAAGGCUUAAUGCUGAGAAAUACUACUUAGCUUUUUCCAGUUUUCAGUGUAUCUGGGUACUUAAUAAAAUUUUCGCAUAACUGUCAUUCAAACUGCCUUAAAAUAACCAGACUGGUGUGCUGAUGUUUUUUGUUUACAGCACUGUGGGCCAUCUAAC